AUGGCUACUCAAGUAGUGAAUGUCUACACGACUGCCUCAUCGGCCGAUAAUCUGUCUCGACAUGAGAUGUUGAUGUGGGUUAACGAUUGUCUUCAGGCUCAUUUCACGAAGAUUGAGCAGUUGCAUACGGGAGCCGGUUAUUGUUUGUUCACCGACUUCCUCUUCCCGGAUAGUCUCCAACUGAAAAAAGUGAAAUGGAACAGUCGUCUCGAGUUGGAUUGGCUCUCGAACUGGAAGCUCGUUCAGACGGCAUGGAAGAAUCUCGGUGUGGAGAAGGUGAUUCCAGUGGAUAAACUGAUCAAAGGAAAGUUUCAGGACAACUUUGAGUUCUUGCAAUGGUUCAAGAAACUCUUUGACGCCAACUACGACGGCCAUGAGUACGAUCCGCUGAGCGCCCGUAACGGAGAGGGUCUUCCAACUGAGAACGGACCGGCUGGCGCUGCAAAGACACCGGUCGCCUCCAGAAUGCCGGCGAGAACCGUGCCACAGAAGCCGGUUACCACAAUGAGAACACCGGCGGCUCCACGUCCUGCUCCAGCUGCUGCUGCGCCACGCCCAGCGCCAAAAGCCGCGGCUCCACCGGCCGCGAAACCCGCGUCGACCGCGGCGCCUGUGAGAUCUGCGUCUACUGUCGCUGCGGCGCCCGGUGUGGAUAUGGCGACGUUCAACAAGUUGAAGGAGGAGUUGGAGGAGGUGACUCGCCAGUUGACAGAGUCGGAUAACGUGAUUGCGAGUCUCGAGAAGGAGAGAGACUUCUAUUUUAGUAAACUACGAACGAUUGAAGUCAUUUGUCAAGAUAAUGAGUCGAUUGGCAAUGUGGAGGUGUCCCGGGUGCUGGAGGUACUCUACGAAACGGAAGAGGGAUUCGCGCCGCCCGAGGAUGAGGUCAACGGAGCUGAGGAGUUCUAA